UCAUCAAUAAACAUAAUAAUAAUUAUAUUAGUUUAACAAAAAUGGGAUUAUUAAUUUACAAAUGUUUAAUAUUUACUUCUUCUGUAUUAGGAUUUUCAUUAUCUCAGGAAAUUUUAUCGAAUGUUGUUGCACUAAACCAUGGAGGACAAGUACAAGGACAUCUACUAAGAAGUCACAAACACAAUGUUUAUUACGCUUUUCAAGAAAUACCUUAUGCCACUCCACCAAUAGGAAAUUUUAGAUUUAAGGAAGCUAUUGAACCUGUACCUUGGCAAGGAGUAAUAAAUACUACAAAAAAUACCAAAGUUUGUACACAGUUAAAUAAAAAUGAUCCAAGAGAAUCUGAAGAUUGCUUGUAUCUUAAUGUUUACACCCCAGAGAAUCCUGGAUCUACCCAAAAACUUUUGCCGGUAUACGUGUAUAUACAUGGAGGAAUAUUCUUCAGAAAUGAUGGGACAUUUGAAUCAUUUGGACCAAAAUUUUUUAUGGAUUAUGGAAUUGUUGUAGUUACCUUAAACUACCGUUUGGGGGCGUUCGGCUUUAUUAGUACUGAAGAUGAUGUCUUGCCAGGAAAUUUAGGAAUAAAGGAUCAAAUAUUGGCCUUACAGUGGAUUCAAAAAAAUAUAAACUUAUUUGGUGGUGAUCCGAAACAAGUUACUCUCGGAGGACAAAGUGCUGGAGCUGGUUGCGUUGGACAUCAUAUUUUAAGUAAACGAUCUAAAGGUUUAUUUCGCUCUGCAAUUCAAGAAAGUGGAUCCUCUUUAAACUCUAAAAUGUUUAUGAAACAUCCCAGAUAUUUUGCUUUUCAAUUAGGCCAAUUGAUUAAUAAUAAUAUUGAUGAUAAGAAUUCUUCUCAAGAAUUGCUAACAGUUUUACUUGAUGCUAGUGCAGAAGACAUUAAGAAACACAGUGGAAUAUCUAUACCAGAAAAUAUGAGAAACGCUGUAGGAAACGAAGCUAAUACAGUAUGGAAUCCAGUAGAAGAAUAUGUUGAAAAUGGCGUAAUUAAAGGAUUAAUGCAUGAAAAUUUUAAAAAUGGUAUUUUUAAUAAAGUGCCCAUGCUUAUUGGUUCUAAUUCUGAGGAAGAAUUACAAUUUGAUUUAGAUGAGUUAAAAACCAAAAUCAAAUAUUUUGAUGAAAAUGCGGCUUACCUUAUAAAUGGCAAUCUUAAUAUUAAGGAAGAAAAUAGGCUUCCAGCUGGUACUAAAAUUAAGAAAAUUUACACUGAUACAAAUUUCGAAGAAGACUUUCCAGCAUUUAUUCGGUUUGUAAGUGAUGCAAAAUAUACAACUGGUAUAUACAGACAAGCAGAACUACAAUCCAAAUAUGUCAACGUUUUUCUGUAUCAGUUUUCUUACGAUGGAAUUUUGGGUGGCAUUAAUAACAGUAUACCAGGUGUUGGCCAUACAGAAGAACUAAAUUACUUAUUCCAAACUCAAUUUAAUAUAAAUAUAGGUUCUUUUCCAACCAGUGAUCUUAAAGUUCAAGAAACAUUGCUAACAUUGUGGACAAAUUUUAUAAAACAUUUGAACCCCCUUUCUCACAAUGGUACAGGUUCCAUCAAGUGGUCAAAAGUUACACCAAACUUAUUGACAUAUCUGAACAUCAAUGAUACGCUUCAAGUCGCCACAAACCCAAAAUAUUUUAAAGAAAUAAAGAAAAUUUAUGAAGAAUACGCCGAAGAAAUUCAAU